UUCCUGGUCAAAGAGUAAAGGUCAGUAAACGCAUGCGAGGAAGAAACUUGGAUAAAAAGCACGCAGCAUGGAUUCCGAAGUGCAAUCAGAAUCGCGGAUUACGAACAAGAAACAAAAGAAAAAGAUGAAAAACGAAAAGAUACGGAACAAACUAAAUCAGGAGGCUGUAGAAAAGGGCGCCGUCAAAGAAUCUGAAAAUGCGAAUGCAGAACCAGAAUCGUCGUUUCCCCCACCAUUCAGCGUGUCAGAAAUAAAAAACAAACAACGGCGACAUUUUAUGUUCAUGAAAUAUAAACAGGAAAAACGAAAAGAAAAGCUGGCUUUGAAGAAGAAAAGGAAAAAGGAGAGGGACGCCCUUGGUGACGCGGCACCUCCAAAACCAGUCCCUAAAACCAUAGAAAAUCAGAGGAUUUAUGAUGAAACCACAGUUGACCCAGAAGAUGAAGAGGUAGCUUUUGAUGAGGGAACUGAUGAGUUUUCAGCUUACUUCAACAAACUAACAAAUCCAAAAGUUCUCAUUACCACCUCAGACAGACCAAGAGGGAGGACGGUGAGGUUCUGUGAGCAGCUUGCAACCGUCAUACCAAAUGCACAUGUGUAUUAUAGACGAGGUCUUGCUUUAAAGAGGGUUAUCCCUCAGUGUAUAGCUAGAGAUUUCACAUUUCUCAUGGUGGUAAACGAGGACCGUAAGAUGCCCAAUGGCCUUGUUCUCUGCCAUCUUCCGGAUGGACCAACAGCGCAUUUCAAAGUAAGCAGUGUUCGACUGCGCAAAGAAAUGAAGAGACGAGGCAAAGACCCAACAGAGCAUUCUCCAGAGGUGAUACUAAACAACUUUACAACACGUUUGGGUCACAGCAUUGGACGGAUGUUUGCUGCACUCUUCCCCCAUGAUCCACAGUUCGUCGGUCGGCAGGUUGCAACGUUCCAUAAUCAGCGAGACUUCAUCUUUUUCAGAUUUCACAGGUACAUCUUCAAGAACGAGAAGAGAGUUGGCAUUCAAGAGCUAGGACCACGCUUUACACUUAAACUUCGCUCUCUCCAAAAGGGCACGUUUGACUCCAAAUUUGGAGAGUAUGAAUGGGUUCACAAGCGACAUGAGAUGGACUCCAACAGAAGGAAGUUCCAUCUUUAAACAUGGAUUCCAAUAUGCAUCAGACUACAGCUAUGUUAAUGUCAUUUUUAAAAAUAUGUAUUAUGUAUAUAAAUAUAAUUUGAGUUUGAAAAAUGACAAAUGUGAAUGAACAAUGACCUGUAUUUGAAUGAUUCAAGUUUCCACAAAGUAAUUGACCCAUAGGCCUAUGUUUUCUAAGGCCUGCAAAUUAAAAGGACGUGCUCCUA